AUGAAUAAAGGAGCCAAAGGAGUCACUGUGCUCGUAGUUGUGAUACUAUUGGCCCUCACCCUCUCCCUGGGCCUGUACUUUGGGCUGAAGGCCAGGGAAGUGCCAGCGUAUUCCUUUGAGAGAGCUGCUAUUGCUACAGAUGCAGGGAGAUGUUCAGAGAUUGGCCGGGAUAUUCUGAGGCAGAAUGCAUCCGCUGUGGAUGCUGUCAUUGCCAGCUUGCUCUGUGUUGGACUCAUGAAUACGCACAGCAUGGGGAUUGGGGGAGGCUUCUUCAUGACCAUUUACAAUGCACAAACAGGAGAAGUAGAAACCAUUAAUUCCAGAGAAGUGGCCCCAGCUAAUGCAUCAAGGGAUAUGUUUAUCAAUACAACAGAUGAAGCUUCUCGCAAAGGUUAUAAUUUUACUUCAGAUAGCGUUUCCUCCCCAGAACAGAGGGCCUUGACAUAUCAUCGAAUAGUUGAAGCCUUUAAAUUUGCAUAUGCAAAGAGAAGCAUGAUGGGAGAUCCAUUGUUUGUCAACAUGACUGAGCUCAUUUCCAAUAUGACUUCAGAGUAUUUCGCAGCAAGGCUUUGGAGUAAAAUCACAGACAAUACAACACAUCCUAUACCAUACUAUGAGCCUGAGUUCUACACCACCGAGGAUCAUGGGACUGCCCAUUUAUCCCUUGUGGCAGAGGAUGGCAGUGCAGUGUCAGCAACCAGCACCAUUAAUUUAUACUUUGGGUCGAAGGUGAGGUCCAGCAAAAAUGGGAUCAUUUUCAACAAUGAAAUGGAUGACUUUUCUUCACCAGGCAUUCUGAAUGGGUUUGAUGUUUUACCUUCCCCAGCCAACUUCAUCAUGCCAGGUAAAACGCCCCUAUCCUCUAUGUGCCCUGCCAUUAUACUUGAUAAAAACAGGUCAGUGAAGAUGGUGGUGGGAGCCUCAGGAGGAACGAAAAUCACUACAGCAACUGCUCUGGUGAUAAUGAAUGUGUUGUGGUUUAAUUACAAUGUUAAGAAAGCUGUGACUGAACCCAGAGUUCACCAUCAACUAUUCCCCAAUGUGACUCAAGUUGAGGAAGCUAUGGAGAAGGCUGUACAAGAAGGCUUGCAAGAGAGACACCACACAUUGAAGAUGAUAACCAAGCUUUCAUCAGGGGGUGUAGUCCAGGCCAUCGUCAGAGAUGAAGGAAAGUGGUUUGCUGAAUCAGACUAUCGUAAAGGUGGCAAGCCUGCAGGUUACUGAUGGGCCUGUGUAAUUGAUCAGCAUAAUUGUGUUAAAGUUCAUAUUUACAGCAGCACGGUGUGGAGUUUCAUGACUAAUUAACUAAGGGAUCCACGCUGAGCGAAUAUAAUCAAUAAACAAUGUCUUUUUAUCAAGCUGAUCCAAUAUACAUUUGAUAUUUACGAUAUUUUCACUCUGCAAAAAUCUGUCUCAAUAGAGCAGGCCCCAACAGGGUGUAACAAAGAGACUGCCUUGAGUUCAAGGCAGGGUUUCAUCAAUCAUUAAUCUUACUUACAGCAGAUCCAAGCAUUAGGUUGCUGGAAAAAUUUCUAUUAAUCAGUUUAAAAGUUUCCAGACAAUGGUUUCAAAGCCAGACUGCUUAGAUCCAACAGGUUGGCAAUGGUAACAGGAAUGAAACCCACGUUAAAACUGAGAAGCUGCACACCUCUCAGGACCUUACAUCUCAAUCAAUAGAUACAGGGGUGAAUUUCUGCACUCUUCUUCCAAUGAUCUCAAUACCUUAAGUGGAAGCAAUGCCAGAUAAUGAACAUAAGCACUACUUACCCAUUUUUCUUGAGUUUCUAUGAGCUCCUGCACCAAAGUUCGAGCAAAACUCUUGAGAUGUUCUGCCCCCAUUAUUGCUGCUGUCCUAUUGACUGGAUGUAAUUUUUUAUAUUCAAUGUAAUCAAUUCCAUCUAGUCCAUUCUCUAACUGAUAAAAUUCAAUUGUGUCUAUGUGAUCUUGAAACAAAUUGUCCUCAGAGUUCUUUUAACAUACUUAACAUUUCUCUCUUUUCGUUCCCUUAGAAUA